CUUCACGCCAUAAUCCUGUCCCAACCACAGCCGGUACUGCUUCUCUCGAGGACUUCCCUCGCGCGGAUGGCGGGCCGAAGCCCGUUUUUCACGCUGCCAGCAGGGAGCAGCUGAGCCGAGGGUGUUGAUCCUCCCGCAGUCUGCCUGCGCCUCUGGUGCGAAUGGAGCUAUUCGGCUUCGACGCGCGUCGCCGCUCGUGCCUUCGUUUCCGUCGGGCGUGUAGCGUCUGUCGCUGAUGAGAUUUGGAGACUUAUAGCCUGCCGAUGGCGAGGCACGUGGAAUUUUCGCGAAGAUCGCUGUGGACCCGCGGGGUCGUGCGCGGGGGCCGCGGGCGUCAACCACGUUCCCACGCCCGACAAUGAAGUUUUGCAAGAUUCUCCGAGCGCCCUUUUCUGUGGUCGUGCGUCGCGUCUGCCUUCGUCUCCUGGUCACUGCGCUGUCGUGCCAUGACAGCUCCUUCGCCUGCCAUCAUUAGUCGGCCAUCACCAGACGGCCAGAACUAACCGGCCGACUCACAGCCGGCGUCAAGUGUUGACAUGCGCGUCGCGUCGCAGCUCGCAGGCGGUAGCGAGCGACGGCCGGUGGACGGCAGCUGACGCGCGACACAUGCGCGCAGCGCCGCGCACCGCUCCGCGCGGGCCGUGCAUGGCUCUCCGUGCGGUGGUGCGCGCUGCACCCAUAUCGCCUCGCCCCUCAGCUCCCGGGAGCCAGCUGGGCUGUCGCCAUCACGAUGCCUUCUGACACCGUCCCUUGCCCCUCAUGGCCUCAUGACGUCAUCAUCAUUGAGGCUGAGCUUUCCUGCGCGGUGGCACUAAAGCUUGGAUCGCAGGCGUGCACAUCUGGAGGCACACAGCAGCUGCCCGGCCAUGGCAUGCGCUGCAGCAUUUGCAGAAGUAGCUUGACGUGCAGAAGUGGCUUGACGUGCAGAAGUAGCUUGACGUGCAGAAGUGGCUUGACGUGCAGAAGGGAGGAUUAAACUGCUUUGGCUCUGUAUAUGUUUUUUGCUGAUACAAGCUUUUUUUUGGCGUGGUAACCUUGAAGUGCACAUUUUCUGUAUUACCCUCUGGUACGCACUA